UGAUUGGCCGGCUGCAUGGUCCUCGUCCUGUUGCGUCUGUCCAAUCAUGACAACGCAAAGUUCUGCUGCGGAAGAGGGAUGCGAAGGAGAUGGCUGAAUUUAGAUAGCCCUGUGAUUGAGAUUAACUCCACCAUGGACCUUCUCCGGAGGAAUGAGGGCAGCGGAGGGCGACUGCUCGUGCUUGCAGUAGUGUUUGGGUGGUGUUUAGGGUCUGUGAGCUGUUUCGGACAAAACCUAGACAGCGAGUUCACGUUUCUGCUGCAAGCCGGAAGAUCCGAGUGUUUCUUUCAAACAGCAAUAAAAAAUGGGACGAUGGAGGUCGAAUAUCAGGUAAUAUCAGGUGCAGGCAUGGAUGUGGACUUCACCAUCAUCUCUCCAGAAGGUGUCCAUCUUAUCUUUGAGUCCCGACGCUCCGAUGGAGUCCAUGUGGUGGAGCCAACGGUGGAGGGAGACUACGAAAUCUGCUUUGACAACAGCUUCAGUCGCUUCUCAGAAAAGAUGGUUUUCUUUGAGAUCAUCAUCGAGGGUCAAGCAGGAGAUGUGACUGGAGAUGAACAGUGGCCAGGGUUGGAGGAGCCUGAUGGAAGUCUUCUCGAGUACAAGCUGGAUGACAUCAGGGAGUCCAUGGACGCUCUGCACAAACGCUUGGAGCGCAGCCGGCAGAUGCAGACGGUGUUGCGCGCUUUCGAGGCACGGGACCGGAACCUCCUGGAGGACAACCUGUGGAGGGUCUCAUUCUGGUCCUGCGCCAGUGUGCUGGUGAUGCUGUGUGUGGCACUUACCCAGGUCUACACCGUCCGUAAACUGUUCGACGAUAAGCGGAGGGUCUGCACAUAGAGGGCUUAUUUUGCAGUGAUCAAAGAGAACAAUCCAAUACAAGAUGUUCAGCCGGUUCCUCGUUCAAACUGUCCCUUACAUUUCAUUUGGUCUACAUGAAGAGCAGCAUUCGACAUCGAUUUUAGAACAUCUUUUUACAUCUAAAAAUCUUGUUUGUAUAUCAGUUUUUAAGCAAUAAGUACAUGUUAUCAGAUCAUGAAGGUUAACCAGAUGAAGAGGAAGUGGGUUGUUUGAAUUAAAUGCAGUGCCUUUAAUGUCAAAUGAUGCCACAAACCAAUAAGGAAAUACAUUUUAAAAGGUACAGCCUACAUACACAGUUGUUUGUGCUGUAACUGCUGUCUUACACUUCUGAAACUGGUUAAAGGUUUUGGGAAUAUUUUGUUAAAGGUGACAUAAUCCUAAAUAAAAGGUUAAGGCUAUGUUAAAUGACACAACUCAGCAAGUGACUCGCAGAGCUCCUGGGCUGUUGGUUUACAAGAGAUAACAAUGUGCAAUAGGGUUGUCGGUGUAUUAGUUCUUCCUGACAGUUUACGAUCUCUCCAUUAUUUUAGAGAUAUGUCCGUCUGACGAGGUGUUUCCUUGGUUACAGCCGUUUUAAUAGAGAUGUUACUGACUGCGUUUUUUUUCAGCUCGAGUCCAUGCUGACGUGUUGACAAAUAAGAAUGUAGAAUAAGAAAGCGGGAUGAUUUUAAGUGUGAUUGCCAAUGAUGUACAAUAUGUCAGUACGCUUCCAGAUGAAUAAGUAGUAUGUAUGUUUGUGUCCGUUCAGACAUGUAUCAGGAUUAUUCAGUAUGAACAUACUGAUUGUUAGAUGUGUGUUUGUGUGUCUUCUGUUUUGUUUCUAGACGCUCCAACUAUCUUUUACUUAGAUAUGUAUGUUUGUGUCAACAGAAUGUGACGUUUUGAUUCUGCUCAGUUGCUGUGUUUUUUAAUAAGAACAGGCUUUUAAUACUCAUUUCAAUAGUAAAAAUCAGGUUCACAUGGGGGUUAUUGAUAUUAAUAAAUGCAUUUUUUACACAGGAAA